ACUUUAAAAAGAGUGUGAUCUUUAUUUUCUCCGAUUUCGUGCAUUAUACACAGCUAUAACGUUGUAUUUCUUAACAUAAUAUGAAAAAAAUUAAUAUAGAGAACGGGACUUGUUUAUUUUUUAAUCAUAAGCAGUUAAUUGAUGAGCAGUGUAAAUCUGUAUUAGAAGAGAAUGACGUGGGUUAUAGUUUAAAAGCAGAAUUAUUCAAUUUCUCACCGCGAUUAUCUCUCAACAAUAAAGGCUCUGAUAACUUCAAAAAACAAGUCGAUAAAAAUAAACGAUUACUCGGGAAACGUAAACCAGAUUGUGCUAACAAGGGCUUGCGCGAGUUUAACCAACGCUUACUACCCUUUUUGCAACAUAUAAAAGCGGAAAUAUUUCCAAAUCAUCAAGAAAUGGAAAAUAUGCCUCGUUAUUGGGACAUGGGCUAUGAAUUUCCACAAUUUCAUGGAGUCAAUGGUACUAAGCGUUUUCAAAGUUUUUCAUUCCACAAUCGCGAAUUUAUCAUACCACCUUUAAGCCGGUUUUUUAACCACGAUAUAAGAAAUCUCAGUAGUUUACUAAAGGACUUGGAUAAAUAUGAUCUAAUUGUGAUGGACAUGCCUUGGCGUAAUAAGUAUAUUAGACGUUUAAAAAAAGUUAAACAAUCAUUGUCUUACGAUAUGUUAAGGAAUGAGGAGUUAAAAUCUAUGCCUAUCGAGCAGCUAACUCAUUCUAAAACCUUAGUAGCUCUUUGGUGCACAAAUUCGCAUCAACAUCAACGAAUGCUCAUUGAAGAUUUUUUACCCAAAUGGAAUUUGAAGUUGGUGCAUAGUUUGAAGUGGUUUAAACUAAACACUGAAGGAAAUUUAAUUGGUCCUUUGAAAGGGCAAGGGUUUAAGCAGCCUUAUGAAACGUUAUAUAUAGCUUGUCACAAGAACAAUGAUUUGGAGAGUGUGGAGAAUUUACGAGAGAUAUCCUUUAUUUUUAGCAUACCUAGUAUUAUACACUCUCAUAAACCACCUUUAUAUACUUGGUUGAAAGAGUAUUGGCCGGGCGUAAAGGACUUGAAAUGUUUGGAGAUUUUUGCCAGAUACUUACAUCCUCACUUUACUUCGAUAGGUCUGGAGGUUAUAAAGUUAAUGGACAAACUUUUAUAUAAUUAUGAGAAGGCACCGUGAAAAUGCUGCCUAUGCUUUUAAAAGAAAAUUAGAAGUGCAGAAAUUCAGCGUUUCUGCUGAGGACUGCCCCAAGUCCAAAUUAUAAAUUACACAGAAUAAUAAUAAAUUAAACAGAAUAAUUCAAUUACUUCGACUUUUA